GCGGCGGCGUAAGUCGAAGUCGCCUCCAGAGGCGGGGAGAAUUUUUCAAAGCGGAAAACGGAAUCGCAGUCUGGGGUUGGCGGAUGCAACUGUCGCGGCUCCGCUUCCGAAGGUUCCUGCUUUUGCACCAAGGAGGAGAUUGCAACAGCUGCCGCCUUUGGAAACUUUUGCAAAGUUUGGGCACUGCCAGCCCCGGUGGGCAUGAAACCCGGCCUGAUGGUGCCCUGCGCCUGGAUCCCGGCGGUGGCGCUUCUGGACUUCCUCGCCCUGCGCCUGGCGUGGCUGGGGCUGCAGCCGCCUUGGGGGAGCCCCUUGCUGCUCUGCUGGGCCUCUGCCCUGGUGCGGUGCCCGGUGCUGACUCUCUCGGCUUAUGCCCUGGGCUGCCGCCAAGGGCACGGGCUCCCCCGGGCGCUGCGAGACGCCCUGAUGCCCGCCGCUGCCCUCCUCAGCUUCCUGGUGCCCUGUUUUGCCACGCUGCAAUACCUGCUCCUGCCUGACGGGGGCGCCGCGGAGCUGGCGCACAGCUGGGGCAGAGCAGAUGUGUUUGCCCUCAGCUACCUGGUGGUGGGAGCCACCGCCUACCUGUGGCAUCUCCAGGAGCCCCCCGGCCAAGGAGAGAGCCGGGAGAGACCCUCGGCUUCCUUGGGCCGCCUGCUGGCCUGCAUGAGGCCGGAUGUGCUGCGGUUCGUGGUCAUUGCCUGUCUCGUGGUGGUCUCCUCUUUGGGGGAGAUGGCCGUCCCCUACUACACAGGACGUGUGACUGACUGGAUCGUGACCAAGGCCGGCUCUUCUGUCUUUGAGAGAGCGCUUUGGAUGAUGUCUCUCCUCACGGUGGGCAGGGUCCUCCUCUCGUGUUAUCCAAAUGUGCAAAAAGCCGUUGGAUCUUCUGAGAAGAUUUUCGAAUACAUGGACCGGGCACCCCGCAUCCGCCCUUCAGGGACACUGGCGCCCCCAGAUCUACGGGGACACAUCGUCUUGCAGGACGUCUGGUUCUCCUACCCAGACCGGGAUGAUACUCUGGUGCUGAAGGGUGUGACCCUGGAGCUGCGCCCUGGCACAGUGACUGCACUGGUCGGCCCAUCGGGAUCUGGAAAGAGCACCGUGGUGGCGCUGCUGGCACGAUUCUAUGAUCCGGAGCGAGGACGGGUGACCCUGGAUGGGAGAGACCUGCAGGAAUAUGAGCAUCACUUCCUGCAUCGUAAGGUGGCGCUGGUGAGCCAGAGCCCGGUGCUGUUUGCGCGAUCGCUGCACGGGAACAUUGCUUAUGGACUGGGAGAGCGGAGUCUGGAGGAGGUGAGGCAGGCGGCCCAGAGAGCUGGGGUACACCAAUUCAUUGAUGGGCUGAGCCGCAGCUACGACACAGAUGCCGGGGAAACGGGGGGCCAGAUCUCUGGGGGGCAGAGACAGGGCGUGGCCAUUGCCCGGGCCCUGAUCAGAGACCCCCGAGUGCUCAUCCUGGAUGACGCCACCAGCUCUCUUGACAUGGAGAGUCAGCAGCAGGUGGAGAGGGAAAUCUACGAGAGUCCGUCUCGCGCCAGCCGCUCCGUCCUGCUAAUCUCCCACCGCCUCCGCACGGUGGAACGAGCCGACUGCAUCCUGGUGAUGGAAGAGGGGCAGAUCCAGGAGCAGGGGACCCACCAGCAACUCUUGAGGAAGCGGGGCGCCUACUGGCAGCUGCUGCAGACUCAGCAGAACGGGGCGGAGGGGCAGCGCCAGCAGUCCAGAGAGUGGGCGUCCGUGGCUGACGCUCUCUCCCCUUCCUUGUAGCCAGGGCCGAGUCUCCUGCUGGACACGUUGGUGGGGGGAGGCGGAAGGCCCAGCCCCCCUUCCUUUCCUGACCGUGAAGCUGUUCCUCUCUGCCCUUCCUCAGCAGGCAGGGAGAUGGAAAGCAAAACCAGAGUUUAUUUAUUAUGUUCUGGAGGGAUUCCUCCAGUUCAGACGUUCAACCUCCAUCCACAUUGGAUCUGCAGCUUCUUUCUCAAUGGAUUCUUCUGUAUUCUUCUGAAGAAACACUCUUUAAAUAGCAGUUUUGGCAUGAAGGCGCUCCCUACCCCCUCCAUGGUGUGGGGUGGGGCAGAGACCCACAAUCCCAACCAGGGGUGGGAUUCUAGCAGGAGCUCCUUUGCAUAUUAGGCCACACACCCCUGAUGUAGCCAAUCCUCCGAGAGCUUACAAGGCUGUUUUUGUAAGCUCUUGGAGGAUUGGCUGCAUCAAGGGGGUGUGGCCUAAUAUGCAAAGGAGCUCCUGCUAGAAUCCCACCCAACUCCAUUCUGGACAUGAGAGUCUCUGGAUGCUGUGUGUUGGAAGAAAACAGACAGCCGUUCUUCGAAGGAAGAGAUUUCUUUGAGGUGGUGAUGAAAUUUGGGGUGUGUGUGUGUAUUUUCUUAGGUACCCAUGUAAAUAAUAAUAAAAAUUGAGAUUUGA